AUGCCAACUGCAGAUAUGUUCGAUCUUCCGGAGACGUUUCAUCACAACGGCUGGUCCAUCAGAUACCUAGCACGCCGGGCCAAGUACGUGGACUCGUUUGCAGCAGCAAGUCCCUGGGUCGUUUUCGUGCAUGGUACCCCAUGGUCCUCAGACGUCUUCCGGCCUCUGGCAAAUGCCUUGUCGGCGGGUGGUAGCUUCAACGUUGUUCUCUACGACCUCCCCGGAUACGGACAGUCACAAACAUUCAACAAUUCUCAGGCCGACUCACAGCCAGACACCUCCGUGAAGGCCCAGUCAGAGUCUCUUGCGGCAUUACUGCAACAUCUCGGUCUCGACGGCAAGGACGGAAACACGAGCGCCCACGUCGUUGCUCACGACAUCGCUGGGGUGAUAUCCCUGAGAGCUCACCUGUUGCAUGGUUGCGAAUAUCGUAGUUUGUGCCUCUUGGAUACGAACUGCGUGCUACCGUGGGGCGACAAACUUUACAAUUCAAUACGGUCCAAUGCAGCCGUCUAUGAGGAGCUCCCGGCUGUCGUGUUCGAGGGCUGCCUGAGGGCAAUCAUCCAGAGCGCCCGGGUCAAAGGGAAUGGGCUGGGCCUAGAAUGGGAGGAUGUUCUCGCACGGCCGUGGCUGACUGGAGGGUCUGCAUCUGACUCCAGUCUGCAGUAUGAUCCACAGAAGAACUUUGUCAGGCAGAUCAAGCAAUCUGAUGACAGUCACACGGCUGAGCUCCUCGACAACGGACUAUAUCCGAAGGUCCGCUGCGACAUCAAGGUUCUUUGGGGCGAAAAAGACGCAUGGAUCCCGUACGAAAAGAUGCAGAGCAUUGCAAGGCUGUUGGGAGACAGGCUCAAAGGGUUUGUUACAGUCCCGGAGGCUGGUCAUCUCAUCAUGCUCGAUCAACCCGAGCGAGUGACCUUGGAGAUUGCUCGAUGGCUUGAAAGGAAAGCUUGA